UAAAUAGGACUGAGCCUGCGCAAACGGAGGGCGCUGGCGAACCUGAGCUCCUGCGAUGGCGGGCACGGGCUUGGUGGCUGGAGAAGUUGUGGUGGAUGCGCUGCCGUAUUUUGACCAAGGUUAUGAAGCGCCGGGUGUGAGGGAAGCGGCCGCCGCGCUGGUGGAGGAGGAAACCCGCAGGUACCGACCGACUAAAAACUACCUGAGCUACCUGACAGCUCCGGAUUAUUCUGCUUUUGAAACGGACAUAAUGAGAAAUGAAUUUGAAAGACUGGCUGCUCGACAACCAAUUGAAUUGCUCAGUAUGAAACGAUAUGAGCUUCCAGCCCCUUCCUCAGGUCAGAAAAAUGACAUUACUGCGUGGCAAGAAUGUGUAAACAAUUCUAUGGCCCAGUUAGAGCAUCAAGCAGUUCGAAUUGAGAAUCUGGAACUAAUGUCACAGCAUGGAUGUAAUGCCUGGAAAGUAUAUAAUGAAAAUCUAGUCCAUAUGAUUGAACAUGCACAGAAAGAGCUUCAGAAGUUAAGAAAACAUAUUCAAGAUUUAAACUGGCAGCGAAAGAACAUGCAACUCACAGCUGGAUCAAAAUUGAGGGAAAUGGAGUCAAAUUGGGUAUCCCUGGUCAGUAAGAAUUAUGAGAUUGAACGGACUAUUGUGCAACUAGAAAAUGAAAUCUAUCAAAUCAAGCAGCAACAUGGAGAGGCAAACAAAGAAAACAUCCGUCAAGAUUUCUGAAAAGACAAAUUAAUUUUGAGGGUAGAAAGGAAGAAAAGUUGGGCUUUCACAGAAGGCAUCUGAACUUUCUCUGAACUAUGAAGGACGAUGACAGCAUUUCACAGAGACAGCUGAUGGUUAAAUGUUUAGAAAUUAUAGAAUAUGUGAACUGUUGUGUUAAUUCUAUUUGCAUAUAUUAGGAAAAAUAAAAAUUUCUAAGUUGGUGGUA